AUGGAUUACUCGGAAGGCAUGGACGAGUCGUUCCCCGUCUUUUACAUCGGCCAGCAUGAGUCGAAGCGGACCCUGCAUGUGUCGCCCGAAUUGGUCCAGCAUGCCCAAGAUCUCGGUUAUGAUAUGCUUACUAGCACCAUCACCAACGACCACUUCCAGAACCGCGUCUUGAGCCUCCUCAACUCCUACACCCAGACCCUCGCCGAGUCGCAAGACCAACCGCUGCCUUUGAUACCAGCCUUGGACAACUUUGAUACGCCGCUUACUCCCAACGACAUCAUCGGUCAACUGGUAGCUUUCACUAGCUCCUGGAUUGACCUCUCUUCGCCAGACCCAAUCAUUUCGCAUUUGUCGCGACAAGUCUUCCAUCUCGAGGUUGCCUAUGCUGCUUUUUGUGGUGUUACCAAUCUGGUCAUCCCCGGGCCGAGACUCGCCCAUGGACAGACCGGCGUAUCUCAGUAUGCUCGGUCCAUCAAGGAAGCGCUCGUCACUGGAUCUUACAUCCAGCUGCACAUCCAGAUGCCCAUGGACGGAAGACAGUCAGACUCGAUCAGCGACGACAUGGGAGACCUAGCUCGCUUCGCAAGACAAGAGUUUGAAGCAAGCACCGAGGCCAAGAACGUUGAUUCUUGGAGCUCAUGGGACGCUUGGAACACCAUCAGAUCCAUCUGCAAGUACCACAACAGAUUGUCAGUCAUGCUCGAUCUUCCGCGUCGACUUCCAUCGUUGGCUGUCCAAUCACGCUGGUUCUCCGAGCCUGUAAGACUACUCAAUUUGUUGGCCUCGUCUUUCCUUGUCAAUGCUCGCCAAUCAUUUGUUCUCUCCAAAGCGCACCAGGUCUUCAUAUUCCGUUGCAUGCGCCUACAGCGUGGACCUUGGCUACUCAUCUCGGAUGUCGGCCCACUACCAGGCAUCGAUGACCCGGAUAUGAUAAUGUCAUACUCAACCGGCCAUCUAUCCCCUCGCACAGUAGAGGAUGCACCGAGCCCUGGGGCUUCAACAAUGGCCGCUCCGACUCCAGCUGAAUCAGCUGAGAUCGCAAAGAAGGCUCCCAAGAAGAGCAGUAGCAGCAACGACCCAACUCCUCACCUGAGCUACGUACGAUACCUGCAGCGCAAUCAGCCACCCAAGAGCCAGAUCGAAAGGUUUGGUGGUGGGUUCCAGGACUACCUACAGAGCCCACUGCAACCCCUGACGGACAACCUCGAAUCUAUCACAUACGAAGUAUUUGAAAAGGACCCGAUCAAGUAUGCGUGGUACGAGCGAGCUAUCGCUCAGGCGCUGAAAGAUUGGCACGCCGAGAAAAGAUCGACUAGUUCCGAUAACGGCGCUGUUGUUGUCGCCGUUGUAGGAUCAGGUCGUGGUCCUCUUGUCACACGUGCACUCAAUGCCAGCGCGAGUUCUGGGGUCCCCGUCAAGGUUUACGCCAUUGAAAAGAACCCCAACGCCUACGUAUUACUGCAAAGGCACAACAUCGAGACAUGGGGAGGACGUGUCACUGUUGUCAAAACGGAUAUGCGAGCCUGGAAAGGCCCAACACAACCAGAUGGUACUUUCGGCAAAGUAGACAUUCUCGUCAGUGAGCUUCUCGGAUCGUUUGCCGACAACGAACUGUCGCCGGAGUGCCUAGACGGUGUCCAGCAUGUCUUGAACCCAACUCACGGAAUUUCGAUCCCGUCCAGCUAUACUGCGCACUUCACCCCCAUCGCCACUCCAAAGCUUUGGUCCGAUCUGUAUACUAGGAGCACCAGCGUCGACCCAAAUGCUUUUGACAUCCCCUGGGUAGUCAUGUUGACACAAUUCGACUACCUCUCCACGGAGUCCCAAGAAACAAUCGCUUCCCAACAACUGAGCAACGGCACCAAGAUGCAGCACUUCAACCUAGAAGCGCCACUUACACCGAACGUGCGAACAGCAUGGGAGUUUACCCACCCCCUCCCGCCUUCGGUUCUAGCUCAGUCCUCGCUGCGCAAGGGCGGUUCGGCAGUAGGUGGUGGAGGCGGCUUCAGCGGCGGCGACGGCGCAAACGAACACAACCUACGCUACUGCAAGAUUGCUUUCCCCAUCCAGGAGCCCGGUGUCUGCCACGGUCUCGGCGCGUAUUUUGAAACCGUUCUCUACAGCGGGUCUGAAGGGCCUGUGGAACUCAGCACGAACCCUGUUACCAUGGAGCAGAAGAGCAAGGAUAUGAUCUCUUGGUUUCCCAUCUUGUUCCCACUCAAGAACCCCAUGCAGCUUCCUGCAAACUCAGAGGUCGAAGUCAGUUUCUGGAGACAGACGGAUGAUCGCAAGGUGUGGUAUGAAUGGCUUGUUGAGAGUUAUAUGACGAUCAACGGACAGAGGAUACGAUUGAGUGUAUCUGAUCUCCACUCGAGCAAGUCCAAUGGCUGCAUGAUGUGA